AUGCGUUUCACUGCCUCUGUUGUCCUUUUUGCUGCCGCUGCUACUGCCAGCGCCAAGCCCCUCGUCAUCGAGCGCAGUCUGGCGAGCAUCACCGACGUCCUGAACAGCGUCCAGACCAGUAUUGACGGUCUUGACACGGCUGUCAAGGGCUUGAACACGGACGCUGCUCCCGUGCUUGCCGCUUCCAACAAGCUCGUGGGUACCAUUGGCUCAGGUACCACUACUGUCCAAGCCAGUGCCGGUCUUGCCCUAUUCGAUGCCCUUGGUCUUCUUGCUCCUGUCGAAGGGCUCAUGAAGCACGCGCAGACCCUUCUCGUCGACCUCAAGGGCAAGAAGGAUAUUGUGCAGAAGAACGGCUUCUGCCAGGCUAUUGGCACUCAGAUCAGCGCCAUCAAUGACAAGGGCAAUGGCCUCAUCAACGCCACCGUCUCCAAAGUUCCUGAGGCUUACCAGGGCAUUGCCAAGGGACUGGCCCAGGGCUUCGCCGACAUCUUCGACGACGCCCAGGAUAACUUUUCUGCUGGCAAUUGCGUCAAUGCCUAA